AUGGCCGCUAAUGGAGACGAUGUUGUCUAUGAUAAGGCGUUUCUCAACGAAAACCGGCAGAAUGAGGUUUACGCAACUCAUAUUACGUUUUUUAUCUUGAUGAUAAUAAUUGUGCCUUGUCGGUUCUUUUCGUCGAGACUGACCAAGAAAACAUUGUCUUGGGAUGACUGGCUUGCAUAUUUCGCUGCGUUUAACACCGUGGGAGUCUUUAUCACGAGUAUGCUUUGGCUUCGGUUUGGUUUAGGGAGGCAUCUUGCUUGGGUGAUGCAAGAUGACCCAAACAACAUCCAAAACUUCUUCAAGGCUAUCAUCGCGAAUGAGAUCAUGUAUACAACGGCUUUGGCUUGUGCAAGACUGUCACUCGUGGCUUUUUAUUACCAUAUCUUUGGUGUCUCGAGUAUGCGAUAUUUCCUUCACGGUUUUAUCGUUUUUAUUAUUGCCUGGGCCAUCUCGACGUAUGUUCCUUCAAUUCGGACUUGCUGGCCUAUUUCAAGCUUCUGGGAUGGCACGAACCAGAAUUGCAUCGACCUUUCGAAAUUCUACGUCGGAGUCGCAAUUGGUGGUAUUAUCAGUGACUUUGGUCUGAUGCUUAUUCCUCUGCCGUACAUUUGGACGCUCAGGGUACCUUUGUACCACAAGAUCUUGAUUGCAAUGAUGCUAGUCUUUGGCAGUUUUGCUUGCUUUAUCACCAUCAUUCGCCUCACCAAAGUCAUCACGGUGGAUCUGACAGACCCAACAUGGGGUACUGUUGAUCUAAUGAUCUGGACCGGUCUUGAAGUCUAUAGGUAUUUCAUUUCUAUUCCCAAACAGAUCCAAAUGUAA